CCAUUGUAUCCAUACCCAUACCCAUACCCAUACCCAUACCCAUACCCAUACCUACCUUACCUAGGAAGGGCAUGGUGGGUAGGGAAUCGGGAUGCCUGCACCGCCAAUGAAGGGGCCUGAAGCACUUCCCCUCCUCCCUCCCCUCUCACCUCCCCCUCUCCUACAGUACCAGGAUCCGCACCUGCAUCCACCAACACUACCCUACCCUACCCUACCCUACUCGACUACCUCAUAUGCGUCCAUCCUAGAUUUGUGUGCGGUGCGGUAGAGCAGCGUCAUAUUUCCUUGAGAGCUCCAUCGCCAGCUUCUAUCAGAUGCAUCUAAGCUCCUCCAUCUCCUCCAUCUCCUCCAUCUCCUCCAUCUCCUCCGAUCGUUCGGGAUUAGGGGUCCUGGCAAUCUGACAAGAAAACCUCUCCUCAUCAUCUCUCGAGCCUCACUACACACUGGCGGCCUUCUGUAUCAUUCGCAACUUCAAUCACCUUUCUACUCACCAAAUCAAAUCAAUUCAAUUCAAUUCAAUUCACAUCAAUUCCGCCCGAUCUCGAUCCCGUACACCUAGCCAACGCGGGCGGGGACGACUAGCCUGGAAGGAAAUAGCAGCGGAUACCCCUCCGGUCAACACGCUGCGCCGUCAAACUCUAACUUUCCCAUCUGCUUGAAGAGUGCUUUUCUCCGCAGACACAGACAUCAAUAAGCAUUCGUUGGUACCUGGCCAUCCAUAUCUACCCGGCCUUCGACGUGUUUGUUCAGGCCCGCAUUCUUGCCCUCUCCUACGGACUACAAACACACAACAACAAUAUCUGUGGCAUUCCAUCGUCAAGUGCCAAUUCGUCCGGAAAAGCCCAACAAAGCUUCCGCCACUUCCUGUGAGCCAGACUUACUACAUACGUAUGGUACGCGAUUAGUUGCUCCAAGAUUCUAAUUGAACGGCAAAGUCUUCUACUUCUACUGCUCAACAAUCAACCGUACUUUCUCUUCAGCGACACUUGUGCGCGAGAAUUGCACCUGCCUUCAUUUGCGCUUACCGAGCAUCCCCAACUAAAACCCCGCGAACAUUGCGCCAACCUUUAGCAUUGGAUCGUGUACUCUUACCAGAUCAAUCUCAUCUUCAGACUUCGAAUCAAUACCCAUAGAAUCGGAAAAGAGGAGCGAACAGAACGUCGAAAACCACCUACUCCUGCUUACCGGUUGGCGGUACAACCCCUUCGAAAUAUUUAGGGCCAGGCCAGGUGAAUUGGGACCGAGGUAGCGUCUCCGCCUCGAAUUUAGACUCGUGGUGGCCGUAAGAAGCAGAAUCAACGCACAUCUGCGAAUUGUGCCUUCCAUCCGUCCUUGUGAUAUCCCGAGAGCUCUGCUGCGUCAACCAACAAACGCCGAAAUGGACUACAGUCUGUUCGAUUAUGCCGGCAAUCCAUGGAACGGGGCAACGAACAAUGAAGUACUCACCCCGAACUUCUUCAAUGGGUCGGAUUAUGAUUUCAGCAACAUGCUCAACUUCACCCCUCCUGCUGGUACCUCGCAAAAUGCCAUGCUUAACAUGGCAGGCAACUUGCAACCCACCUCAUCGAACAUGCCGGGUGAUUACGUUGGAGGAUCUGAAUAUCCGUUCCCAAAUCUUCCAACCAGCGCUUACCUACCAACGUCUGCUGCAGUGAGUACUGUGGCUCCAGCGAAUACCAUGGUUCCGGCAGAUACCCUAGCUCCAACAGCUCUGGCGAUCACCUCACAGAACAACAAUCCAAUGAGUAUGCUACCACCUGCGGAUGGCGGUCAACAAGGCAACUCGCAGGUCCAAGAGCGCAGUUCAAAACCGUCACUUGAAGAUACAAACACUCAAUCAUCCGGCCAGAAAAGAGCCAGUUCAUCCGUACCCAGUGCCAACCCGGAUGUUGCCCCCGAACCCAAACCAAAGAGACGCCGAGGUGCCAGGAAGAAGGUUCGAACCGCGGAAGAACUUGCGAUUAAAAGAGAGAAUCAUUUGCAGCGGAAUCGAGACGCGGCGCAAAAAUGCCGGCAAAAAAAGAAGCUGACGGAAGCGGAAAAGAAAGACCAGAUGAUCAAGGAGCGCCAGGACAACCACUUCGUUUGGAGCCAAGUCGCCAUCUUAGAGGAGGAGCUAGACGCCUUUCAGACCUUCGCCUCCGAUGUAGACAGUCGCUGUAAUUCCGAUGAGCAUAAAGGACAGGCCAGAACCAGCAUGGACAAGAUUGUGAUGCUGUCUGCAAAGCUACAGGAGCAGAUCGAUAUGUGCAACCAACGGCGCGCGGAUGUUGGCCAAGGGUUUGUCAUGACAAGAUCUUAUGGCGGUUAUGUGCAGCAGGAUUCUCUGCAAGAUGGUCCAGAAUCCCUCCAAGACGGUCAAAGUCCAGCCAUGUCACCACAAAACUCGACAUAUCUUCCAGGUCACGGAAGAUCCAACUCAUACGCCACUUCAAGCGUCGGUGACCAACCGACCGGUGGAUCCAGGAGUCGGCCCAUGACUGGCGACAUAUCGCAAUCCGGGAACAGAAUCAACACCGAUUUUGCAAACAGUGUCAAUAUGUCCCGGAACGGGUCGAGUGGUUCUAUCAUGCAAGCAGACUCUGCAAUCGACUUUAACAGCCCUGCAGGAGGUGCUAAGAAGGAUAUGUCGAUUGAGGAUGACGGCAUUGGAAAUCCAAAAUAUCGCAGGGACGAACCACUGCCUUCGCUCGAAACCACCAAUGCGGACCUUUCCUUUACAUUUCUUUCUCAAUUGGAGCUUGGUGGUCCAGAUCUGGCCAGUUAGUCGUGUUGACCAUUUCGAUCGGUGCUUGCGAGAGGAUUUUUAUACCACACCAUAAUUCCUGAUCCACAACAGUGGAUGAGCUGGCAAUUUGGUUAAAAAGUGCCGAAUGAAUGAUCGAACGGGCGAAAAACCCGUUGUGAAGGUUCCGCUGUGAAAACAAGAGCAGAUCAGGUCUUGAUCAUCAUGUAUACUUAGCCUAGUGAACAGCUCUCGCUUGGUUCCCAAAAAGUACUUUUAGGAAUGUACGUUUUUUUUUUCUCCGAAUAGUAAAUAAUCGAGGGCGAGAACAGAUGUGGGUAUUGUACACAGAUGUGAAUGCUCUCCAAAUAAUAAAUAGUCGAGGGCGAGAAUGUGGGGUAUUGUACACAGGUGUGGAUGCAAGAGCUGUUGCAGUUGCUGUGUUGCGUUGUGUGUGCUCGUAGCAAUAUAUCAUAUGAACAAGACUCGAUACCAGACGUGGUG